UUUACAUACAGUGUAUUUGGUUUGAUGAAUUCAGCAUAGUAAAUAAUCUCAGCACAUUUUAGCAUGCAAGCCUUACAUGUUUUACUUAUAUAUAGAUGGAUGAAUGGCAGCCUUGGGAAGACUGUAUUAGAGAUUGCAGUAAAGGCAUACAAAUCCGUAAACGGAACAUCAAAGUAAAUCCACAGUGCCAAGGGGCUACAUGUAAAUCAUCUAUUGAUUGGCAGCAUUGUCAUGAACCAUGUAAAUAUCCUGACUACUGUAACCAAGGCGUAUGUGGAUGUCCAGAGGGCAUGAACCUAGCUACUGAUGGUAUCUCAUGUAACCCUAUCUAUUGUCCACCAAUACCUGUCUUACAGUACUGUCCACCUAACAGAUAUUACUUGUCAAGCUGCAAAUAUCCUGUGUUUAAUGCCUGUACCUAUAGUUACAAUUCAACAUGCAUACCAGUUUGCAAAGGGGAUUGGACUAUAAUUUCUCAACCAGACAAUAUAAAUUAUGUCACCUGUCAAAAGGACUCCAAAUGGUCCACACCCAAAAUCUUCUGUAGUCCUUUUAACAACCCACCAACAGAUAUUAACAUAGACAUUUCUAAGACUAAGAUUCCUGAGAAUACUGAUGCUGGUUACUGUAUUUACAUGAAAACUGUUGAUGAUGUCUACGAUAGCCAUGUAUAUACAAUCAUCAGUGAUGUCUCUAACAGAUUCCAAAUAAUAGAACACAGACUUUGUCUUACAGUCAAGGCUAACUUUGAAGAUCAACCAAAUAAGUGGAGUAUAACAAUUAGAACCACGGAUUUAGACAAAGCCUUCUUUGACAAAAUAUUUGAGUUUGAAAUUUUGAAUACAAAUGACCCUCCAAAGGCAGCUUAUCUGACUCCUGAUACAAUACCUGAGAAUAGUAUGAUUAAUACGAGGGUUGGCUGUUUUUCUGGUGUGGAUGAUGACCCAAAUCAAACAUUGUCCUUUCUCCUUGUUAACUCUAAUUACAAGAUGUUUGCAACAUACAUUGAGAAUGGACAAACAUGCUUAAAGGUCGCCAAAGACUCUAAAGUAAAGUGUCCAACAGAAGGCGGAACAUAUUGUUUGUUAAACAGAGAGAAACGUAAGAAAAGGACUGUUACAGUUAUGGCCAGAGAUGAUGGUAAUCCUAGAGAGAAGGCUUAUUUUGACAUAAAUAUACAUCUAUCUGAUGUUAAUGACAAACCAACAGAAGUUGUACUGGAGCCUUCUGAUAUCCUCGAGGGGGUUCAACCAGGAAAUGAACUUGUUGCUAUUGUAACAAAAGACGAGGAUGUUGACCAGUCACACACCUACGAACUGAUAAAUGACCUCAGUGGUGUAUUUGCUAUUAAAGAUGGGAAGCUGAUAGCAUCUAGAAGUUUUGACUAUGAAACAGAAAAGUUAACAGAAUUUACGAUUGAAGUGAAAUCCACAGAUAAUGGAGAAAACCCUUUGUCUGUAAUAUCUGCUAUAAAGUUCAAGAUCCAGGACAUGGAUGAGGUUCCAUAUGCACUUCAGGUUACUGCAGAAAAUGCUCCGUUGUCAUAUGAAAAUGAUAAACCUAAAGUCCGAGAGAAUGCAAACGGUAAACUGUUAUUUUACUACAUGUCUAAUUAA